CCAACCGGGCGGUUCCUUAGGGAAAGACGUGCCGUUUUGGCGGGGAGUUGUGACGACGGUAGAGCCUGUGUACCCGCUCCGGCCGCGGCCAAUAGAGCGAGGAAGGACAGCGGGUCUCAGCGGCCGGGUCUCGGGACCCAGGGGAACCGCGAGGCGGCCAGAAGCUGGAGCGUGGCCACUGGAGGGCUGCCUCCACCGCAACGGCGAGACGGAAGUCCAGCGGCGGCCGGAGCCCGGCUUCCGGGCGGUACCGGGUGCUCUCGGAGCCGCGGUCCCCGAGCUUCCGGCGCUGGCAGGCCCGGCGGCCUCGCGCAAAGAGGCGGGUCCUCACCGGGUAAGAAGGGGAGCUGGAUGAGACCUUCUGUGGCGCGGGGAGACAGAACCACUCUCCGCCCCGAGACCGCCGCGCUCCCGGAGGAACGUUCUUUUAUUCCCCUGCUGGACGCAGGGCAUAACUGUUUACCUGACAUCACAGCUCCUGUUUGUCUCAGGCCUGUGGACGGAGACUCAGGCCGUCUGGAUUUCCGCACGCUGCUCUACGUGAGGAUAAACACCAAACUGCUCGCUGAGUUUCUCCGUACUCCGUGAGAUUAGCCGAAAGACGACUUCUGUGCCUUUCAGGUGUUGACGUUGGGUAGGCCUCAUUAGCAUAUGAAGAUGGCUGCACCAAAAAACUCCAUCCCUUCCUUAGCCGAAUGUCAGUGCGGGAUCUGUAUGGAAAUCCUCCUAGAGCCUGUAACCCUGCCUUGCAACCACACGCUUUGUAACCCAUGCUUCCAGUCCACUGUUGAAAAGGCCAAUCUAUGCUGUCCUUUCUGUCGCCGCCGGGUCUCUUCAUGGACUCGGUACCAUGCCCGAAGAAAUUCUCUAAUCAAUAAAGACCUGUGGGAGAUUAUUCAAAAACACUAUGCAAAGGAAUGCAAUCUUAGAAUCUCUGGACAAGAGUCAAAGGAAAUCAUUGAUGAGUACCAGCCAGUUCGUCUGCUCAGUAAACCUGGGGAGUUGAGGCGAGAAUAUGAAGAGGAGAUAAGCAAGGUGGAAGCUGAGCGACAAGCCAGCAAGGAAGAAGAAAACAAAGCCAGUGAGGAAUACAUACAGAGAUUGUUGGCCGAGGAGGAGGAGGAGGAGAAAAGACAGACAGAGAAAAGAAGAAGCGAGAUGGAAGAGCAGCUGAGAAGCGAUGCAGAACUGGCACGGAGGCUAAGCUCCAGUAUUAACAGUAACUACGAGAGAAAUAUCUUGGCUUCUCCUUUGAGUUCCAGAAAAUCAGAUCCAGUCAUAAACAAGUCACAGAAGAAAAAUACAAACAAACAAACAAACUUCGGAGAUAUUCAAAAAUAUCUGUCACCUAAGUCGAAGCCUGGGACAGGAUGGGAGUGUAAAGCUGUACAUGGAGAAGACAUCUGCAAGUCUAAGGAAACUGACAGUAGUGACAUGAAGAGCCCUGUGUUGCAAGACACAGAAAUUGAAAAAGAUAUGCCAACACUUUCUCCUCAGAUCUGCCUACAAACUCAAGAACAAGGUUUGAAGUCUUCAACAGAGUUACCUGUGCCACAGUUAUGUAUAAGGGACACUGAACAGUGCCUUGAGGGAAAAGUUGAAACAGUAUCAACCAGUGCUGAUGAUUUAUGUAUUGUAAAUGAUGAUGUACCUAGAGCUACAGUUUCUUACCCUAAUGAAGCUACAGUUAAGCCUUCUAGCAAAAUAGAAAAUGAAGAGUACUCUGUGUCAAGUGUGACCCAGUUAACUGGGGGCAACAGAGUGCCAGCGGAGAAUAGAGUGUAUCACUUACUAGUCGCAAAAGAGAGUUCUGAAAGAGAAAACCAGGAAUCUGUGUUUAAAGAAGUCAUGGAUCCAUCCUUUUCUGCAAAAAGAAGGAAAAUAAUUGUCAACUCUUCCUCGGAUCAAGAAGAAACAGAAGUGAAUUUUACACAAAAAUUGAUAGAUUUGGAACUUAUGCUUUUUGAGAGACAUAAACAAGAAGAACAGGACAGAUUGUUAGCAUUACAACUUCAGAAAGAGGUAGAUAAAGAGCAAAUGGUGCCAAACCGGCAGAAAGGAUCCCCAGAUCAGUACCAGCUGCGCACGCCGUCCCCCCCAGACAGGCUGCUGAAUAGACAGAGGAAGAAUCCCAAAGAUAGGAACUCCCUUAAGCAAAAUAAUGUAGACCAUUCAAAAUCUCAGAGGAGCACAAAAGGUGAAUAUUGGGAACCCUUUAAAAGCACAUGGAAGGGUUCAGUUACUGGAACAAAUAUGCCAACUUCUACUAAAGAUAAUUGUAAUGUAUCUAAAAGUGCCUAUCCCCUACGGCACAGUAAUUCACAGAAAAGCAUUUUUCAAAUGUUUCAGAGAUAACAAAGCAAAGCAUGGGGAAAGAGGUCUAUAAUCCAGUAAAGCUAUUUGCAAAGCCAGCUCUUCUGUGAUAAUAUCCUGAGGUGUGUCAUCAGUUUCUGCUCAGCAAGCACAUUUACUCUCUUUGAGGUGUGGUUACAAAAGAAGAAUUUUCGAGUUGGUGAUAAGGAAAUGUCCUUGAGAAUUGUUUCCAUUGUCAAUAACUGCUAUGUCCUAAGUGUGACAUCUUCCACAGGUAUAAAAACACCUUGGUUAGGAAGUCUUCAGGUGCCAUUUCCCUUUCCAAAACUUUUAUAGCCUUUUUUUUUCUUUUUCUUUUCUUUUCUUUUUUUUUUUUUUUUUUUUUUUUUUAUGAAUGGGUAAGGAGUCCACACAGGUAUCUUCCAUAACACUAAUUAGUUCCCAUCCUAGUUUUAAUUCUAAGCAUUUUUGCAUUUCCUGUGAUUUAAAAUGAAUCAGUAUCAACAUUGAGUAGUUACAAAAAAGCUGCUAGGUUGUUAAUGCAAAUGUUUAAGAGUGGGAUGGACUGAGUGGUGGGUGGAUAGUUAGGGGGACUCCCUGGAACUGAAUGGGUAAUCAGAAACUGGGUCCACCAACGGCACCAGGUUCCUUGUGGCAGAACAUUCUCCUUAAUACCUUUGUUAAGUGGCAGAAAAUAUUUAUCAGAGUUUGCAGUUUUUUUUGCACCAUGGCAUCUCGGUGUGAAAGGGCAAAUUGGUAUAUUUUUACUGAUCUCUUCUAGAAAGUAAAUGAUUGUAAGAAGAUUGUACUAUGCUCUGCUAUUGAACAUCUGGCGUGGCCAUCCUUACUGCUUCCUGCCUUAGCCAUACGCUUGUUUGUGCACACAGAUGCAAAGUGGUGUGUGACACACUGAUGUCAUCUUGUGCAGUGGAGCUUCUGCUGUCAUGUUCUGUUCAGACAACUUAGCAAGCUGUAGUUUCAGUAGAAUUUCUUCUGGUGUCCUGGCUCCAUUUAUGUCCUGUGAACAUAAUAAACUGUCCUAAUGCAGUGUUUCGCUUUAUCCACAUUUUUGUCAUUUGAAUUUUUUCUUCCGAGUUUUGAAACUUUUUUUGUUUGUUUAUCUUGGCAAAUUUUUUCUUUAAAAGCAAUUUAAUUUAAUGCUUUAAGACAGUGUUGGGGGCUGGAGAGACUGCUCAGCAGUAAUGGAAUCUGAUGCCCUCUUCUGGUGUGUCUGAAGACAGCUACAGUGUACUCAUAAAUCUUUUUAAAAAAAAAAAAAAAGGCAGUGUUGGGACUUCAAAUUAGAAAUGAUCACAUUUAAUCUUUGUGGAAUAGUUGAUGACCAAAAAGGGAAUAAGAAAAACAUUCCAGUAUGAUAUAGUAAGAAUUUGUAUAUUUACCACCAGUUUGUCUAUGGGGAAUCGUCCUGAUUUAAUUGUUUUCAAGUUUUUAGUUUCUCUGUCAUCCUUUCUGUUAUUCUUACUGUUAAUGCCUUUGUGUUAGAAAGUAUUAGAUUUUUUUUUUUAAUUGGUCAUCAGUGAACUGCUUUUUCCUCAUUUUUGUUGAAAAAUAUUUAAUAUCACAGUAUUAAAGCUGCGCAGAUUUGAAAAAAAAAAAAAAAGCCUGGCAUGGUGGCACAGCCUAAUUAAUCCCAGUAUGUUAGAGGCAGGGGAUCUCUGUGAGUUCUCAAAAAAAAAAAAAAAAAAAA